GGACUAUCAUCUGUAACUACGACACCAACAGUUAAUGAAUAUAUAUCCUGUUUAUAGGACCAAGCGCUCCCAGGAUCCCUGUCCAAUUCCAAGGCUGCUAAAUCAAACUCAUGUGACGUCUGGUGCAGGAGGAGUCAGCUACAGUCAAGAUAGGAAGCUCUCUAUCCCUGCGGAGUUAAUGACGUGCGCCCUUCUUAUGGAUGGAGUGAUUCUCGUGUUUUCGGACAGAUGGGAGUAGAGAUAUACUUGUAACCUCAUUGAAGUGUGCUUUUCCUUAACGCCAUUUUAAAAUGACCUCGUCGGACAUGCGCAUCGAGGGUGUUGGGGGUCAGGAAGGGGACAUAACCCGUGUUAUCAGCAUUGUGGACAAAACGGAUUGCUGUCUCAACAUGACGACGUCUUCUUCUCUGUACAACAUCAUAGACGGCAACCUGAGUGUUUUUAACAACAUUACUCCAUCAGAAUCCGACCUGGAAUCCAUGAAGAUGGAAAUGCCUCUGUAUCUCAUCCUGUAUUUCACAAUAAUCAACACCGUCGUGUUUCUCACGGGAAUUAUAGGGAACACCCUGGUUAUACAGGUCAUAGUGAGGCUCAAGUCCAUGAGGACCCGGAUGAACUACUUCCUGAUGAGUCUAAGUGUGGCGGAUCUGCUCGUGCUCCUCGUGUGUCAGCCGUCCGCCAUGUUGGAGUUCUACGGCAAGGACCGAUGGAUGCUUGGAGAAGUUAUGU